UGAACCCGAACUAACGCUGGGCGUGAGGACAAAGUCUUAAGCUUUGUGCAAAAAAGUUAUUUACAGGAAUCGCAAAAUAAACAUUUAUCACAACGAACUGAAAAUAUAAAGAGAAAAGGAUAUUUAUUUCGUAUUAAAAUGUUAGAUUAGCUAAAGUACCGGAUCGAACCCACGACUAGCGUUAGAUAUAAAAGCGGUUUGUUCUUUUUCACUCCUGUAUUUACAGAUGGAUUUAUUUGCAGAUCUUCCUGCUCCUACUAACAACUCAAACUCGGGUAAAGAUGAAGACAGUGUGCAGGACAGAGGAGAGAAGAGACACAGGGACACGGACUCGGACGACGAGCAGAAUAAGACGGAAAAGAAAGUUUGUAAAGGACUGGCAAAGCUCAAGGGUUUUGUAGCAGCGCGGCGUGGUGAGCGAGAGGACAUGCAGGACGCUCAUGUCAUUUUACCAAACCUCCAUACACAUACAAACACACUGUCUACAAAUGUGUCCAGGCUGGCGUAUUUUGCUGUGUUUGAUGGUCAUGGUGGUGCUCGAGCUUCUCAGUUUGCUGCUGAACAUCUGCAUCACACACUACUUAACAAAUUCCCUAAAGGAGAAUUUGAAAAUUUGGAUAAACUGGUGAGGAAAUGUCUGCUCGACACGUUUCGCCACACGGAUGAGGAAUUCCUGAAAAAAGCCUCUAGCCAGAAGCCGGUAUGGAAGGACGGCUCCACAGCUACGUGUAUGUUGGUCGUGGAUGAUGAUCUGUAUGUGGCCAAUCUGGGAGACAGCAGAGCAGUGCUGUGUCGUGUCGAGCCCACUGACGAUGGAGAGGAGAGGUGUGUGUGUGUGGCUCUCAGUAAAGAACACAAUCCAACUAUUUACGAAGAGCGCAUGAGGAUACAGAGAGCAGGAGGAACCGUCAGAGAUGGACGUGUGUUAGGUGUGUUAGAAGUUUCUCGCUCCAUCGGUGAUGGUCAGUAUAAACGCUGUGGAGUGAUUUCAACACCUGACCUGAGACGCUACACACUCAGCUCUAAAGACAAGUUUGUGAUUCUGGCCUGUGAUGGACUUUUCAAAGUUUUCUCAGCAGAUGAGGCUGUUCAGUUCAUCAACAAAAUUCUACAGGACGAGUCUGAAGAGAUGAAGGAGGAGCAGACUGUGGAAGACGGGCGUUAUGAAGCUGCAUGUCAGAAACUGGCUACUGAGGCUGUGAGGCGAGGCUGUGCAGACAACGUCACCGUCAUCCUGAUCUCCAUCGACUUCUGACACAUUUCUCUCUCACUCUCUCUCCCUCUCUCUCUCACACACACACACACACACACACCCCAUCUGAGUGUUUAGGCUUCUCGUUGCAUUUUAUUCAUGUGAACAUUUCUAAAGGUCUUUCACUCAGUAUGGGGAUAUUCCAUCAAAUAAAAAUCUUGCCAAUGUCA